UGAUCUAGUUCAACCCAUACCUGAACAAGAAUUCCCUUACAACAACAAAUGGUAGUUUGACUCUUAUUAGCUGGGCUGGGGCACUGGAUUUACUAAAGGAACUUAAGAAUAUUCCUAUGACCCUGGAAUUAUUGCAGUCCACAAGAAUUGGAAUGUCAGUAAAUGCAAUACGCAAGCAGAGCACAGAUGAAGAGGUUACAUCCUUAGCGAAGUCCCUCAUCAAAUCCUGGAAAAAGUUGCUAGAUGGACCAUCCACUGAUAAAGAUUCUGAUGAAAAGAAAAAAGAACCUGCUAUCUCCUCCCAAAAUAGCCCUGAAGCAAAAGAAGAAAGUAGCUCCAGUAGCAAUGCAAGCAACAGAAAGGAAGAAACAGAUGCUUCUGAUUCCUUCAUUCCAUCUUUUCCCCGGGCACCAAGCACUUCAGAUUCAGUUCGAAUGAAGUGCCGAGAGAUGCUUGCUGCAGCCCUCAGAACAGGAGAUGACUACAUUGCUAUUGGGGCUGAUGAAGAAGAACUGGGAUCUCAAAUUGAAGAAGCUAUAUAUCAGGAGUUACGGAACACGGACAUGAAAUAUAAAAAUAGGGUACGAAGUAGAAUAGCAAAUCUCAAGGAUGCAAAGAAUCCAAAUUUAAGGAAAAAUGUACUGUGUGGGAACAUACCUCCAGAUUUAUUUGCUAGAAUGACAGCAGAGGAAAUGGCUAGUGAUGAACUUAAAGAGAUUCGCAAAAACCUGACCAAAGAAGCAAUUAGAGAACAUCAAAUGGCCAAGACAGGCGGGACCCAAACUGACCUAUUUACAUGUGGCAAAUGUAAAAAGAAGAAUUGUACCUAUACACAGGUUCAAACUCGCAGUGCUGAUGAACCUAUGACAACAUUUGUUGUUUGCAAUGAAUGUGGAAAUAGAUGGAAGUUUUGUUAGAAGAAGGAACUGGGAAAGAUACCUGGACGCUUGUGAAAGAUGAUUUUGUAAUUAGCUUUAAAAACUAGGCCAAGGAUCUGGUUUCCCUGCAAAUGAGAUUUUUAAAGCAGCAAACAUCCUUUGGAUUCAUCUUUUGUUUUUGACACAACCAUCCCUUUCUUAAAAGCCUUCUUAUAGUUAGUCAGUGGUUAGAUCAGAUAUUCAAUUGUAUGGUGUUUGUUUAAAACUAUUUUUUCAUUUUUAUAAGUCAACAUUAAACUUUU